AUGACAGGCAGCGAGCCUGACGACGAGUUGAACCCCACGCGUGUGUACGAGGAACAUACUUACCAUGCAGCUAUCUCGGGCUACAAUCCUGGUCAAAAGAAGAGCCUGCAGGAGUAUGCAAACUUGCACGCGGAGGACGAGAGCCUACGGCGUUGGAAAGAAAGUCUCGGCAUUGUGCCUGGCGCAGCCCCCGCCGAUGCUAACGCGCCAAAGCUCACCAUUCAUAAGCUUGCGCUCGAAUCGAGUGUGUUGCCGAAUGGCAGCCUAGGGAUCCAGCUGGACCGCCCUGGUGAGCUGGAGCGGCUUAGCAAGGAGCCGCUGCAGGUGCCUGAAGGUAUCGAGUACUCGGUCAUGAUCAGGUUUAGCGUCGGCAGCGAAGUGCUUUCGGGCCUAAAGUAUAUCCAUGUAGUGCGUCGCGCGGGGAUGCCAGUCGAUCGGAUGGAGGAGAUGAUCGGGUCCUAUCCACCGCGCAAUGAGCCAUGUGAAAAGAGGUUUGCGCCGAGCGAGGCGCCGAGUGGGUUCCUUGCACGCAGCGGGAUCAACUCGGUGCGCAGCAAGGUCGUCGAUGACGAUGGCACUGUCUAUGCAGACUUUGCGUGGUCGUUUAAGCUGGUCAAAGCAUAA